UUCGAUCUGUCUUCACCAUGUUCACUAAGACCGUCGUCGCUCUUGCCCUUGUGGCAGUCACUCUGGCUGUUCCUUCACAGCCUUCCUACGGAUAUGCUCCUCCUGCAACUUAUGAUGCUCCUGCAAAGUACGACUUUAACUACGCUGUUAAAGACGACUAUUCCGGAAACGACUUCGGUCACCAGGAGGCCCGUGACGGUUACGACACACAGGGUUCCUACUACGUCCUGCUUCCUGACGGUCGUCUGCAGAAGGUGGCCUACACUGUCAACGGCGACUCUGGCUACGUGGCUGAGGUCAGCUACGAGGGUGAGGCUCAGUAUCCCGAGUACAAGCCUGCUCCUGCCUACAAGCCUACUCCUGCUUACAAGCCCGCUCCUGCUUACAAGCCUGCCCCCGCCUACAAACCUGCCCCUACUUAUGCCUAAAUGAAACAGAAAUGAAUAUAUUUAACAUGGAUAUUUAUUAAACGAAAAUAUCA